AUGCUAGUCGGAGCCUCAGGUCCGGAUGAGACCGAGGAAUGGAUAAGUGCGGCGUCCGGGGAGACAAUCGCCUCGGAUUCAUAUGCAGAGAUAAAAAUAAACAUUUCGAUUGGUAAAGCCUUAUCAGUUAUCAAUCCUAAUGACGAGCCUUUUGGAAUUAACCCGGAUAACGGGUCCCCAUACGAUUUUUUUUUGUUUGUCGAUGACGAUGUUUUGAUUUUAUUAGUUAUAGAAACAAAUAGAUAUGGUAACAGCUUAUAUGCUUCAGCCCAACAGCCAAAAUCUAGGCUUAAGGAAUGGGUAGAAACCGACAUAGUAGAAAUGAGGACAUUUUUGGGUAUCAUAAUAUGGAUGGGAUUGAUUCCUCAACCAUCUAUAACAUCAUAUUGGAGCAAAAAUGACAUUUAUAAAUCUAACAUUCCUAAUUUUAUGAAAAGAAAUCGAUUUGAAUUAUUACUAAGAAGUUUUCAUUGUUGUAAUAAUAAUGAAUGUCUUCGAGGAGAUCGAAUAUUUAAGAUCCGUGGCUUAGUCGAUAUGUUAGAAUACAAAUUUAAAAAUUGUAACGUACCAGGUGAAAACUUAUGUGUUGACGAAUCAAUUAUUUCUUUUGUCGGACAUUUCAAAAUAUAUGCUGGACAGGAAUCAGUUCCUGGAAUGGGACUUUCAACUAAAAUCGUCAUGGAGUUGUCUGAAGACUACUUGGAUAUGGGGAGAACAAUAUUCAACGAUAACUGGUAUACUUCUAUCAGCUUAGCAAAUGAACUUUUGUCCCGAUCAACAAAUUCAAACUUUGGUCAGAGUAUUGGACUACAUACAGAAUAUGAUAAUUGA